UGUUUUGUUUGUUCUUAAACACUGGAUAUGCUGGGUCAAUGAACUGUUACUCCAGGAAGCAGAGCUGAGAGGACAAGCUGAGAAGACAUCAUUGUGAUGGCAAGCAGGAAUGCAACACUUUCCCAAAAGUCUUUCGUCUAGAGAAGCAUGCACAUACUCUACUGCAAGAAAGUAACAUUUGGGGUUCUUAAGCCACUGACUGUAACGUGGUCCAGUUUUCUCAGUGCCUGCUGAAAAAGACUUCUCUUGUUCUAUACCUUUAAAGUGGACUACAAGACUAUCCUCCUCAGCAGGAUUGAAGAUCUUCCUGGACACUUUACCAGCCCCUACACACACGACAAGAUGAUUGACCUAAGCUUCCUAACAGAGGAGGAACAAGAGGCAAUAAUGAAGGUGCUGCAACGGGAUGCAGAGCUUAAAAGAGCUGAAGAAGAGAGAGUCAGGCAUUUACCAGAAAAAGUCAAAGAUGAUGUUCAGCUAAAGAAUAUGAGCGGGCAGUGGUUUUAUGAAGCAAAGUCAAAGAGGCACAGAGAUAAGAUACAUGGAGCAGAUAUUAUUAGAGCGUCCAUGCGCCGGAAGCCUGCCACUCUUGCUGAAGUAAGUCAGAACAAAUCAAACAAAGCAAAGAACAGCUGGGUGAGCAAUGUUAAUAAAGAAGUUUUCGUGCCGCCAGAACUACAUGGCAUUGUGGAACAUCCAGAAGAAGAACUGAAAUCUGGUUCAAGUUCUAAAACAAUAACCUCUAUGUUAGACAAACCAGAGGAAAGACCUAUGAAGGCAGCAGUCUCACCAGUAAAGCAAAGGAGAAAUCCAUUUAAUUCCACUGCAUCAGGUGAUAACUUGAACAGUGGGGAAUCAGAAAACAGACCAGCCACUCUACGUCAGCUAUCAAAGGAGGAAAUUUUGUCACUCUCUGAAGAGAGCCAACCUCAACCAAACUUAGAAAAUGAUGAAUCAGAGAAACAUAAGAUGCCUUCUGUAGAACCAACCGAUGAAUCACAGAAGGGACUAGUUAAGCGUCCAGUCCCCAAAGCUAGAAAAUUAAUUCACAAAGCAACAGAUCCUGUGUCACAAAGAGAAGACUUUGUUCCAAAACCAGCCAAACAGACUGAGAGGAUUAAUGGCAUUGGUAACCCACCCAGGGGCAUUCUGAAGCGCAGUUCAAGUUCAAGUUCCACUGACUCAGAAGUUCGUGUUAGUCAGAUGUUAGAUGUUCAGAAAAAGAAUGGUCUUCCUACUGCAACUAUUUUUGAAGGAGAAGCUGAGAAGAACUCUUUUACUGAAGAAGCGGAAGACUCCACACAAAUUUCACUGGAAAAACUAAAACAAGUGAGGUUCUCAUCUAGCACAGGUAAAGGAGAACCUCUGCAAAGCCCACAGCUACACCAUCAUAGGGAAACAGAACAGUUUGAUUUGUUAGAAUCUGAUGAAACAGAGAGUAGUGGAAAUGAUGCUAUUAGAUCAGAUUCAUCUGGGAAUAAGCAAAUUUCUGCUGUAAAGCCUUUGGGAACCUGUUCAUCAGCUUCACAAAUAAAAACAAUAGAUGGCUUACAAGAAGAUACAUUGGCAUCUGGCCCUUGUGACACUAAUAGGUCAGUCUUCCUGGUUAAUGAAACCUUGCAGACAAAAACAGUUACUCCUAAGAAACUUGAAACUCCACAGAAGGCUUCCAGCAAUAUCCUGCCAAAUAGCAAUAAUGAACUGAGUCUUGAUGAGACACGUGAAAAUAAAUCCAACCAGGUCCUGAGCCAUGAAUCAAAGUCACACAAAAAUUUUACUGAUGAACAUCAGCUUUCUGCUAAGACAGAAGCACAUGAGGUGUUGAAUACCAAUUCUACAAGUCUUCAACAAGGUUCAGAAGAAGAAUUAAACCCUGUUUUGAUGGCUUUGAAAAGGAGUGCAGAUAGGAAAAUGGCUUCCAAAAGUCUAGAGGACAUUUCAUCAGCCACCUCAAAUAAAGGAAAAAUAAAUAAUCCAAAGGAAGAAUUAGCUCUUAGUGCUGAAGAUGGUCUGAAACCUGAUCAGCAUCAAGAGAGGAAUGAAAAUACAGCAGGAAUUUCCACAGUGCCUUCACAGCCUGAUAAGCCGUUUUCCAAUCCUGAAAAACUCAAAGGACUGAGCAAGUCAGUACCAUCAUUCCUACAAGAAGAGAGUGAUAACAGAGAGACAGAUACAGCAUCAGAAAGCAGUUAUUCCCUUGGCAGAAUCAAGAAGAGUCCCAGCUCUCUAACCACGCUUAGCGGCUCUUCUGGCAUGGCCUCCUUAUCCUCUGUGAGUGGAAGUCUAAUGAGCAUUUAUAGUGCAGACUUCGGCGAUGUUGAUGUGAAGGGGAACAUUCAGUUUGCUAUUGAUUAUGUAGAACAGCUGAAUGAGCUCCACAUUUUUAUCUGCCAGUGUAAAGACUUGGCAAUGGCAGAUGUUAAGCGACAGCGUUCAGACCCGUAUGUAAAGACCUACCUGCUUCCAGAGAAAUACAAGCUGGGCAAACGGAAGACCUCUGUCAAAAAGAAAACUUUUAAUCCAGUCUAUAAUGAAAUACUGCGGUAUAAAAUUGAGAAGGGUCUCCUAAAGAACCAAACCCUUAAUAUCUCUGUCUGGCACAAUGAUACCUUUGGGAGGAAUAGCUUCCUUGGUGAAGUGGAGCUGGAUUUAGGAACUUGGGACUGGAAUGAUAAAUCCAACAAGCAGAUGAAUUGGUUUCCACUCAAGCCAAGGACUUCAACAAUGGCUUUUAAACCAGAAAACAGAGGGGAGAUGAAACUAGCCCUCCAGUAUGUCCCACACCCUGUUGGAGGAAAGAAGACUCUCUCUACUGGUGAGGUCCACAUCUGGGUGAAGGAAUGCCAUGACCUUCCUCCUCUAAGAGGCAACAGGCUCAACUCUUUUAUUAAGUGUACCAUUCUUCCAGAUACUAGCAGAAAAAGUCGCCAGAAAACAAGAACGGUGGCAAAAACUACAAACCCAGUAUUCAACCACACCAUGGUCUAUGAUGGCUUUAGACCAGAAGAUUUGAAAGAAGCCUGCAUAGAACUUACAGUCUGGGAUCACAACAAACUAGCCAACCACUUUCUGGGAGGUCUUAGGAUAGGCCUUGGAACAGGCAAAAGCUAUGGAACUACAGUAGACUGGAUGGAUUCUACUUCAGAUGAAACUGCCCUUUGGGAGAGGAUGAUGAACUCACCGAACACAUGGAUAGAAGACACACUACCUCUCAGGAUGCUAAUGGUUGCAAAAUUGACAAAAUAAGGUGGCUUUUUAAUUGCUAGUGUCAAAAGGAAACCUUGGUAAUUAAAUUAAAGGUGUGGGAGUGAAACUUGGAAGAGGAACACAGUAGCUCUUUUGACAGUCACUGCUCUGUUGCUGUUCUGGUUUUGUGCUGUCAAAUGUCACCUUGUAUUUCAGUUAAACUUCUGCCUGCAGAUUACUAUGUAAAUUUAAGGGAUUCUUUUAUUUCUUAGUCACUGAAAAUUACUUCAACAAAGAAGGCACUUGCAGAAUUCAGUGGCAGAGGUAGCUGUGAUACCUGGAUGCUUGUGUUGCCUAACUGAAGCAUUGCUGAUCCCUUAAAUAAUGUAAAUUACCAGCAAAAAAUUAAGAGUGAGUUAACUCUUUCUGUACACUUCUAGGAUUGUUCUUGAAGUGUUAUUAAUAAGAGAGCAGCAGGUUGCAUUUUGUUCAUGCUCAUUAGUAUGUGUUUGUAUCCUCAUUAUGCCAUGUCAGAUCUCUCCAGUGAGGAAUACGAGCAUGAAGAAUUUUUUUGAAAGUUCCUUUAUUUGUAGUUGUACAUUUCUAGGAUAUGAAAGUUCUUUCUGUAAUGAAAGAAGCAUUACAUGAAGUGGUACUGUCCAUGUCCUAUUCUCCAAGGUGCAGAGGACUGUUAGUUCCAAUGUACCAUAAACAAAAUCAGGGUUAUAAAAAGUUUGCUUAUAUAUGCGUUAAUCAUCUUGCUGGUAUACAAUCCUUACUCUUAAAUGCUGAAGGCAUAGAGGUGAAACUUUUUUUAUUCAAAUGCUACUCUAAAGGAUCUAAACAUGCCAAUUUUAGUGCUGACAAGUAUGUUGGGUAUUUAUUCUGUAAAGUGUACUCCUCUGUACCUGUAUCUAUUAGUUUGGUUUUUUGCAAAAAGUAAUUUAUCUGUGCUUCAGCGCCACCGUUAGGAGAAUGCUGGGAUUAUG